UUGCUCGGAAGCAGUUUGCUGAUCGUCUACAAUGUGCCGUUCGACUGGAUCACUUUCGGCUUUUGUCUCUGGAAUCUGGUCGUUGCCGGCCUCGCCAUGAUCUUCUGGAAAGGGCCGCUGUAUCUGCAGCAAAUCUACUUGGUCUUGAUGAGUAGCAUGAUGGCCUAUUCGCUGACAACCCCGCAAACUCCCGCUCUGACUACUUGGAUCCUGCUUGUGCUCCUUGCGAUUUGGGACUUGAUUGCGGUGCUGUGCCCGUUUGGUCCGCUCCGUGUGCUGAUAGAAACGGCCAAGAAGGAAGAUCGGGAGAUUCCAGCUCUGUUGUAUUCAGGUAUCACGGCUUGCUGCCGCAGCGCAAACGCCGCCUCUACUGAAGGCGCAGAGCCCGAGAAUCAGGACGAGGAUGAGGAAGACGACGAGAAAAACGGCCUCAAGCUCGGUCUCGGCGAUUUUGUCUUUUACAGCGUCUUGAUCGGCCGAGCAGCGCUCUUCGACUGGAUCACGACAAUCGCCUGCAUGGUUGCUGUCCUGACUGGCCUCAACACCACCAUUUUCCUGCUGGUGAUUUACCGAAGAGCGCUACCUGCGCUGCCGAUCAGCAUUGCCUUUGGCGUGCUGUUCUAUUUCGUAUCGUCGAUUGUCCUGACGCCGUUCAUGAUCGAUCUGGUGCAACUGUCCCCGCCUCCCAGCAUCUCGCUGAGCAGCGCGCUGAUCGUCGGCAAGGGCAUGAACGGAGGCAUGAUAUACGUAUAG